AUGGAAGCUAAAUCCAAACCCAUAGCUGAUUCUAGCGAGUGGCAUUCGUGGCUGUUAGUGGCGUUCAUCGCUGUUCUCGUCGCCGGAGCUGCGUCCAUCACCAUAUGGAGACACUACCAUCAGCUUCAAAAUAAGGUUCUUCAUCUUCGAACGCCUCCCGAUGGUGUUAUGCAGAAAUAUAGCGACGCUCUUCGCAUUUCCACCCAAUUUUUCGAUGUUCAAAAAUCUGGGAGAUUAGAGAACAAUCAUAUUGAAUGGAGAGGAGAUUCAGGACUACAAGACGGAAAAGAAGAAAACCUUGAUCUAUCCAAAGGACUAUACGAUGCCGGAGACCUCAUAAAGUUUGGUUUUCCGAUGGCUUUCACGGCCACCGUUCUUGCAUGGUCAAUCCUAGAAUACGGUCAACAUAUGGAGGAAGUAAAAGAGCUUAAACAUGCUCAUGAAUCACUGAAAUGGAUCACUGAUUAUCUCAUCAACGCCCAUCCUUCUGAUAACGUGCUUUACAUUCAGGUGGGUGAUCCUGAUGUAGACCAUAAAUGCUGGGAAAGGCCUGAAGCUACAACAGAAAAGAGGCCGGCGCUCCAAGUGAACAUCUCGCAUCCGGGCUCAGACGUUGCAGCCGAGACUGCCGCCGCGAUGGCGGCAGCAUCUCUGGUUUUCAAGAAUCAAGACGCUCAUUAUUCCAAAUCACUGCUCGACCAUGCCCAGAAACUGUUUCAGUUCGCCGAUAGCUAUCGAGCGGUUUAUAGUGAAAGCAUUCCAGAGAUACAAGACUACUACAACUCAUCGGGAUACUACGACGAAUUACUCUGGGCAGCAACAUGGCUCUACCAUGCCACCGGAGAUGGAUAUUACAUCAGUUAUGUGACUGUAAUGCAUGGAGACGCGUUCGCUGAUUGGGGCAACCCGACAUGGUUUUCUUGGGAUGAUAAGCUGGCGGGGACACAGGUGUUAUUAUCGAGGUUGAAUUUCUUUGGUUUGGGAAAAGAGAUCUCGAUGGUAGAAAAUAUGAACCUUCAGAUGUACCGGAGAACGGCUGAGGCCGUUAUGUGUCGGGUUCUAUUGCCACCACCAAGGAACCAGAAAACUAAGGGUGGUCUGAUAUGGGUGACCGAGUGGGAUACAUUACAAUACUCCAUUGCUACCGCAUUCCUUGCAGUGGUUUUUAGCAACUACAUGUUUACGUCGAAAACACCAUACGUGUAUUGCAAUGGGAGGCUAUACGAGUCAAUGGACCUUCGUGAGGUUGCUAUUUCACAGGCCGAUUAUGUGUUGGGAAAUAAUCCAAUGAACAUGAGCUACCUAGUCGGUUUUGGACGUAACUACCCUCAGUAUGUGCAUCAUCGUGGAGCCUCAAUACCCAUCAAUACAAAUACAAGUUGUGAAGACGGCUUCAAGUGGCUCAACUCAACGAAACCUAAUCCUUACCUAGCAAUUGGAGCGGUCGUUGGAGGACCGUUCCUUAAUGACACAUAUAUCGACUCACGAAACAAUUCAAGACAAGCUGAACCAACUACCUACAAUAGUGCCUUCUUUGUUGGUCUUAUGUCAGGAUUAGUUACCUCCACCCAUGUUCUUCGUUCUUUCACUUGA